CAACAUGUUCCAGAAUGACUGUAUUUAUGCCAGAGAGCUUGGAGGCCAGACUGGGCACAGCCUCCCUGAGUGAGGAGGACAGACUCUUCUGAUCACAUCCUGUGUGUCUGUCUCCUGCAAAGCCAUGUGGCUGUGCCUGGCGGUCCUCGUGGGCCUGUACUACCUCCUGCGCUGGUACUGGGAGAGGCAGGUGGUGAGCAACCUCCGAGACAAGUAUGUCUUCAUCACGGGCUGUGACUCGGGCUUCGGGAACCUACUGGCCAGGCAGCUGGACAUGAGAGGUUUGAGGGUGCUGGCUGCGUGUCUGACGGAGGAGGGGGCUGAGCAGCUAAGGCGGCAGACGUCAGACAGGGUGGAGACAGUGAUCCUGGAUGUCACCAAGACAGACAACAUCGCUGCGGCCACCCAGUGGGUGAAGGAGCGUGUGGGGCACAGAGGGCUCUGGGGCCUGGUGAACAAUGCUGGCAUCGCUAUGGCCUCAACACCCAAUGAGUGGCUGGUCAAGCAGGACUUUGUGAAGAUACUGGAUGUGAACCUGUUGGGCAUGAUCGAGGUGACCCUGAGCCUGCUGCCCCUAGUGAGGAAGGCAAGGGGCCGUGUGGUCAACGUCUCCAGCAUUAUGGGACGGCUGGCCCUUUUGAGUGGAGGCUACUGCAUCUCCAAGUACGGCGUGGAGGCCUUCUCGGACUCCCUCAGAAGGGAGCUCUCCUACUUCGGGGUGAAGGUGGCUGUGAUCGAGCCCGGUUACUUCAAGACUGCCAUGACCAACUAUGACAGGCUUUUCAGGUGCUUGCAGGAGGCAUGGGAGCGGACCAGCUCAGAGGUCAAGGAUCUCUAUGGGGAGGAGUUCCUGGCAUCCUCCACGAAACUCAUUGCAAAGUUGGAAACUAGGUGGUCUGACAAUACAUCCUUGGUGACGGACUGCAUGGAGCAUGCCCUGACUGCCUGCUAUCCCUGCACCAGAUACAUACCUGGCUGGGAUGCUAAGUUCUUUUACCUCCCCUUGAGCUACAUGCCCACCUUCCUGGUGGACACCAUGCUUUAUUGGGUGGCUCCAGAGCCUUCCAAAGCCCUGUAACCCCAGCUUGGGGUGUGUGGGAGGGUGGAGUGGGGACUGGAUGAGGGACGGGAUGAAUGGUGGGGAGCAGAGAGAGGGGUUCUGAGGUUACCAGGAGCGCCCAUCCUUCCUCCCCACCCCCCUGGGUGGUUACUCAGGACUCUGGGGGAUACUUGGUGGUAAAAAUGUUUUGUGCCUGAGGAACAGGUACCUGAUAGGACACCUGGGAGUCUCAUGGCCCUCCUGCUACCCUGGGGAAUCCAUGCCUUCAGGGCAGUGUGAGCAGUGGGGUGGGUCUCAGCCCCCACUUGGCUGUCCAUGCCUUCUCCUCCUCAGGGUGUUCUUGGCCUUGGCGUCUCCCUCACCCCAGGAUGGAAAUGGCCUAGGGGUUAACGACUCCCUUCUGCUGAAGAUGCCCGUGUACAGGGUUUGGGAUGUGGAGGGAAACCACCCAGCUGACCCAUCAGCCUCAUGUGCCAACCAAGCAGCCCUUGCUCAGAAGGGGGUGUCUUCUGUCAGAAUCCUAACAUAUGACACAGAAACCACUUUUUGAUUUAUCUUGAAACUGGAUUCUUGCAAGUCAUUUUUGCCUCAAAAUAAAAAAUUGAGAAGCUUG